AUGCCGCAAAGCCAGCAAAUCGGGGUUGGUUCAUCUCAGUCUAGUAUAUUCGACUCUGAGGCCGACGACUUGUUACUUGUUACCCCGUCUGCCUCUCAGCAGGCAUUCAAUAGCUUUGACUCAUCAUUUGCUCAGCCCUCUGUCCCUUCAUACAUCGCUCCGCAUCCUAUCGAACCCUUCCCUCUCGAACGCUUCCAACGUGUCGGUCCUGGUAAAAGAGGCCAGUACUUUCUUUACGACGUGAUGAGUUAUAGAGAUUGGGUCAAUUGGUGGUUACAGACUGACUAUGGAUCUAACAGCAAGAUUAAUUGGGACUCGCAUGGUCGCGCGAAGAUCUGGAAGGAAUUCGAACAGGUAGCGCAUACUGUUCAUGAUACUGCAAAGGUGAUGUGCAAGAAUUGCGGUGUAAUUCUUGAGCACCCUUCAGCUACCAAGAACUCGAAGCACGGUCGUCAUGGUACGACGACGAUGAUUCGAUAUGUGACUACUUCUGCCUGUAAAAGGGCCGGUGAUGCUAACAGUCAACCUUUCUCACAAGAGGCCUGGGAUAAUGAACUCCUACGAUUCAUUACUAUCAACGGGCUCCGUUUAAUCUCGUCGAGAAUCCAACCUUCCAUCGCGUCAUUUCCAAAACCCAAUCCGCUCCAAGCCCUCUGA